UGCGAGCGCCUCUAUUUGAGCUUUGCAAAGUUGAGGGCGAGCAGGCAGCCGAGGUGCGGCGUGCGAGGCGGCUGUGCCAUCCCCCCCCCCACGGCACGCGCGGACAGACACACAGACACGGCCGCGGCCGCACGGACACGCGCGCACCCCGCCCUGCGCUACGAGCGGGCGCGGCCCCGGAGGCGAUCCUGGAGAACAACCUUUCCCUGUCGCUGCUGCCCGCUCCCGCAGGGCUGGACCCGGGGAGCUGCGUCGCGGAGCAAACCUCCCCCAAGGGGCUGAGCUCUCCGGCCUGGUGCCUGCAGCCGGAGCCGGCCUCCGGCCUGGCGGGCAGAGGCCAGGUGUCCUGGAAUAAGUGCGGCCCGGGGGGAGACUGGCUGCCCGGCGGCAGGCAGAAGGUCUGCGAGCAGAUGGGGUCCGACGUCCGGGACCUGAACGCGCUGCUGCCCUCCGUGCCCUCCCUACCGGGCAACAGCAACUGCGCCAUGCCGGUGAGCAGCGCGGCGCAGUGGGCUCCCGUCCUGGACUUCCCCCCGGGGGCCUCCUACGGCUCGCUGGGGCCGCACUCCUUCAUCAAGCAGGAACCCAGCUGGAACGGGUCGGACCCGCACGAGGAGCAGUACCUGAGCGCUUUCACCGUCCACUUCUCCGGGCAGUUCACGGGCACGGCCGGGGCCUGCCGCUACGGGCCCUUCGGCGCCCCGCCGCCCAGCCAGCCGCCCUCCGGCCAGGCCAGGAUGUUCCCCAACGGGCCCUACCUGCCUAACUGCCUGGAGAGCCAGCAAGCCAUUCGCAACCAGGGUUACGGCACCGUGGCCUUUGACGGGACUCCGAGCUACGGCCACACGCCGUCUCACCACGCCGCGCAGUUUACGAACCACUCUUUCAAACACGAGGACCCCAUGAGCCAGCAGCCGUCUCUAGGGGACCAGCAGUACUCGGUGCCCCCUCCGGUGUACGGCUGUCACACCCCCACGGACAGCUGCACGGGCAGCCAGGCCCUGCUCCUGCGGACCCCCUACAACAGUGACAAUUUAUACCAAAUGACGUCCCAGCUGGAAUGCAUGACAUGGAACCAAAUGAACUUGGGAUCCACGCUGAAAGGCCAUACGACAGGAUAUGAAAAUGAGAACCACAGUGCUCCCAUGUUAUACAGCUGUGGGGCCCAAUACAGAAUACACACCCAUGGAGUUUUUAGAGGCAUACAAGAUGUGCGACGAGUGCCAGGAGUAGCUCCGACUAUCGUUCGAUCAGCAAGUGAGACAAAUGAAAAACGUCCCUUCAUGUGCGCAUACCCCGGCUGUAACAAGAGAUACUUCAAGCUGUCCCAUUUACAGAUGCACAGCAGAAAGCACACUGGUGAAAAACCAUAUCAGUGUGAUUUUAAGGACUGUGAACGAAGGUUUUCUCGUUCAGACCAACUCAAACGGCACCAAAGACGACACACAGGUGUGAAACCCUUCCAAUGUAAAACCUGUCAGAGAAAGUUCUCCAGAUCUGAUCAUCUGAAGACUCAUACCAGGACUCAUACAGGUAAAACAAGUGAAAAGCCUUUCAGUUGCCGAUGGCCCAGCUGUCAAAAAAAAUUUGCCAGGUCCGAUGAAUUAGUCCGUCAUCACAACAUGCACCAGAGGAACAUGACUAAACUGCAGUUGGCCCUUUAGGCAUUUCAAACAAGUGAAUAAACCAGAUGGGACAUUAUGAGCUACUGCAGACUUUAUCAGCCAUCUUCGAUCACCUCUGUCAGAAAGCUGCAGCUGUCUUCGCAUCCCAUUUGACACAAGUUAACUAAACAGUAGGAUUCUGCUCAGCUUCCAUUUGGACUUAACAGAAUUUCCUAUCCAAUAACUUCAAAAGAUUUUUAUUUUCUAUUUUAUUAAAAAAUGAGCAAGAUUACCGCAGUUUCAAGAUUGCUCUAAGCUGUUCUUACAUUUUGUAGGUGUUUCCAGUUUUCUGGUUUUAUUUUUGCUUGAGCUGUUCUAGGCACAUUAUACUGUGCUCUUUUUAGUCCCGCCAUGGGUAGGGUGAUGAGUGCCCGCUGAAGGUAAGCUUCACUCUUACUGAUUUGGUGCACACGCUGAGGUUUCCAAAUGCUGUCCUAGCGGGAUGAAACAGAAACAUCACCUGGGAUACUUGUUGUAAACUCCGUAGUCAUACUGCCAAAAGGCAAACUUUUGAACAUGGAAGCAAUGCUUCUGAAUUUUACAGAUCAACUCUUUUUUAAAGGAACUUCUUAUUUCUAGAGCAGCCAGUGCUAGAUGGACAAGAACCUCUGUAUAGAAAAUAAGAAUCUUACCAUUAAGUUAACUUGUUUUUGAAACAAUUGCAUAAUCGAUUCCCCCCUGCCCCCCAAACUGUUUUAUUCAUCAAACAACCCUAUUUCUCUCCCUCUGUUUCUGUUUCGAUGUAUUUGUUUUAAAUUUAUUCCAUCACGAGAUGCACAGAUCUCCUUUACACAAAAGUGAUUCCAAUCAUUGUAGACAUUUGGGAUUUGUUUACAAUGUAAAGCCACACUGGUUAUGUGGCUUAGCAAGCUGUAUAAACUUAAAACUGAACUUUUAAUGGGGCUGGUCCAGGAUCUCCAUUAACAGAUUACUCUUAAGAUAAGUAACUUAAAAAGACUCUUUGUCAAGUAUAUGUGAAAAAGGCAUUAUUAGUGUAAGGAAAUAUAUUGUUUCAGGGUUUUGGGAGGAGGGGUUUAUUAUUUACUUUUAAUUGCUUGAAAUUGUGUGUAUAUAUAUAUAUAUCUGAUAAUGUAUUGCUCUUAGACAUCUAAAAUUAGAAACUGUAUAAAUAUUAGAUGCAUCACUGUUCUGAUGUUGUUGCUGUUACAAACUAUUGAUAACACUAAGAAUGUAACCUGCAUUUUUCACUGAGCUUUCAAUUAAAGCCCAUUCGAAGAGAAACAAA